ACUUCUUCAUUUUUUCAUCUUGUGUUUUGUUUGACACUCCACACAAAACCUCUUCUGUAAGCUAAAUAACUGAAACUGUGAACUGAAAUGCUGCGAAUUAUUCUACUUCUCCUGCCUGGUGUUGUCAGUGAUAAGUGGUGUGUGAGUUAUCCUCCUCCGAUCUGUGCUGCGAGGGGAUACAAUGUCACUGUUAACUGUACAUUUAUUUAUCCAGAUGGAAAUCACGUAAAGCAAGUGCUAUGGUGUUCAGUGAGAUCAAACGAUGACAAAUGUCAAAAUGAGCCAUAUGUUUAUGAUAGUAAAGAAAACAAUAAUCAAAUCAACUUUCAAUACAUUGGAAACAAAACCUCGGAUUGUUCACUUUUGAUCAGUAAUAUUAAUCAAUCACAUUCUGGACGGUAUAAAUUUAGAUUUAUAACCAAUCAGAAAAAUGGAUGUUGGACAGGUGAACCUGGAGUGGAUAUUUCAGUACACGAUUUAAGCGUGUCCAUGUGGAGGUCAAGAGAAAAUGGAAGCACAAAACCUGGAGACUCUUUGAAUUUGACAUGCACUCUCAACUGUUCUGGUAGUUUAGCUGAGGUUCAGUGGUUUAAGAACGGUGAUCUGAUUCAACAGUCAGAUCCCGUCCUCACUUUCAGCAGAAUAACCGCUAAAGACUCUGGGAAUUAUUCUUGUUCUUUGAGAAACUUUAAAACAACAGUGUCUGAAGAAUUUACCAUUUCCAUUGAAGAAUUUACCAUUUACAUUGAAGAUGUCGCCUGGUCCCCAGUUCUGAUUAUUGUGGUGUCUUUAUUCUCACUUGUUUUCAUCACUGCAGCUGUGAUGCUUAUUAGAAGAAGGAAAGCAAAAACUCAAAGAAAACCAACAGAAGAAAGAAAAGAAGAAGUCCAGGAUUCUCUUUACAGCACCCCUCAAAAAACUGCUUACACAAACCUACCGGAAGCCAAGGAUAUACAGCAGGAAGAUGAAGUAGAAUAUUCAUCUGUCAACAUUAAACCCAGACAAACGCUUCAAAUAUCUGCAAACACAGAGAAACAGGAUGAUGCCACCAUCUACAGCGCAGUGAUGAACGGUUAAUCUUAUACAGUAUAUACAGCAGUGAAGAUACAGUACUGUACUGUAACAUGCUUGAGGGUCUGAAUGUUUAGUCUUUAAAAAUGUCAGAUGAACUGUCUCUGGCUAGUUCUCUUUCUUAUGUGCUUCAUUUGAACAGUCUAAAAAACAUUGUGUUGCAGCUGCGUUGGGAGUAGACAAAACUUCUCAGAUAGUCCUAAUCAUUGAUUGAUAGUGACAAACAGUAAAAAGGAAAAAAUAGUAAAGAAAAUGCAGUGAGUAAAGAAAGACUUUAAUAAGUUCAAAUUAAUUUAAUAAAUUCAUUAAACUAAGAAAUAUUGGUUCUGCUUUCUGUUGUAUUGCUUUUAAAUACUUUUUUAUGUAAAUAAUGUUAAAUAAAUGUGCAACUAUUCUUAUAGGACAAAUACGCAUAAUAAAGUUUUGGUGACAUUUUUAUUUGUUUUAUUAUCAUUUUAUCUUUUUAAGCCUAGGUGAUCUCAUAACUGAUCAAGUUUCAGUGAUAUUCUUAAACCUGACUCGCAGGUUAGUUGACGUCAAGAUCGCACAUUAGCGCCAUCUAAAGGAGAUUCAUUCCACUAAACUGUUUCCAUGACAACGACUUAACACACGGAAGUUGAGCGGGGUCUUCCGAUGCACAGGCGAGGUAAAUAAAAUAUAUAUAUAUCAUCAACUUUAAUCAUUCUUUUUAUAUAUAUAAAAAAGUGAGCACUUGUGGCGAAUUUGGCUAGGUAACUUAAUCUAAUUUUUAUUCAUCGUAAUCUGAGCUGUUGUUUUGUAUUUUUGUUUUGAUAUUUCGAUCAUGUUAACGAAAAAAAUCGACAAUAAUAAUUACUUAUGUUGCAUAUACUUAGUUUUCAAAACAGGACUUUAAAAUAACAAUACACAAAAUAAAUAACCAAAAGAAAUAGAAAUAACGUCACAAAAGUUAAUUUGUUUACAUUUUCGUGACCUUCAUGUCUUUUGGCUGCUCUUCAUUCAUGACUGUAAAAUGACCUGAUUUCAUGACAGUAACAGCAGAGAGACUGUCCUUUAAUAUUUCUCACCACCAAUGUUCUUUACGGCAGUGAUUCACUUACAGCCUGCUUCCAGAGGCCCCACAUUGACAAUUAAAUCUUCUAAUACUUAGGUUUUUGUGUAGAGAAUUCCACUCCAUUGAUCCCCAUGCAUUUAGGCAUCUCUAUUUGGCUCUGGGCAUGAUAUAACGUUAGUAGUAAAGGCAUUGUUAUUUAUGGGUAAGCAAAGAAUAUGCUAUAACAUACUGUCAUAAAUUAGAAUGUCUCAUAACUGAAGUAGAAAAUAUCACAGAUUGUAGCAGUUUCCAGGUGAGUAAACUGAGGAAAAACUGCAUGUACUUCAAAUAACCACAUACACACAACCCCCACCAUAAGCACACUGUCACACACACACACGCACACACACACACACACACACACACCCACACACACACACACACACAUUUGCACAUGGCCUAAUUAUGUGUCUAUACUGUACAGUAUGUGUCUGUUUCUCUAAUGUUUAGAAUGUAAGCUUUUAAGCUAAUAGGAAG